AUGUCAUUUUCUGGAGUCAGCUUAAAUCCGGGAUCAACCGUCAUAACGAAUAUCAGCAAAGAGGCGGUUCAGCGUGUGCAUGAACAGAUCUUCGGUAAUCCAUUCAGCUUUAGCAAUGGUUCCCCCUCCGAAUGUCAACCAUCGCGAAAUCACAGUCCUAGGACUCGAUUUCCCUGUCCCGAAUUUUCUUUGAAAUGUGGAAAUUCAUAUACAGUUGUUAUAGAUAAGAGUGAGACCAAGGACCAGCUUGGAAUCAGCUUUGAUUUUGACCAUUUUAAUAGAGCCAUUCUAAAGUUCCACUCCGCAAAUUUUUCAAUGGGACUUCUUCCCGGGGAUAUGGUCUUGUCGAUAAAUGGUGUGGACUUUCAGCAACUCAGCAUUGAUGAAAUGAAUGCUAAACUGACUCCCGGGGGCCCCUCAGAGCUAAAGAUUGUGUUGAUUCCAUCCGAAGACAGCAUUGAAUGGUCCUUGAGGUCCAUACACGUGGAUUAUUCCUAUUUAUCAGUGUUAAUUAAUGCUGUCACAAGUGCUGCUAGUUCCCACAGCUCGUACUACAGGGAUUUAUUUCUUACCCAAGACUAUAGCUUCAGUCGUAUUUGCUUACGCAAUUGGAUCAAACGGGUUGGGAGUUUAAGCGGAAUCAGUGAUUUAGUAAACGAGCUCUAUCUGCACUUGUUACGGGAUGUUACAUCUGAUUCCAAAGGAUUAUACUGUGUUGGCGAUCUCGUUUUGGUCACGCACCGAGAUGGUUAUUCAAUAGGAACAGUCGCUGAAAUCCUUCCUAAAGAUAUUUAUCAAGUUAGGUUACUUCCCAACAAGCAGCUUCUGAAUGUGACUUUGGUCGACGUUAGUCGAGCGAACAGUAGGGAGUUGGAAGGUGUGGAAGAUUUGAUGCUACUGCGCCACCUAAAUGAAGUGGCUUUGGUGUUCAACCUUCAUGCCCGCGUCCACCAUGCCCUGCCCUAUACCUACGUUGGCGACUUUGCUCUGCUAGCCUUCAAUCCCAUGCGCAGCCUCGACAUCUACAACAAUGCCGUAAAACACCUCUUUUUCAAGUGUCAAAAUCGUCUUGAUAUGCCGCCCCAUAUUUACUCGGUGGCACAAACUAUUUGGGCUCGCAUGGAAGGUUUGUUUCUGGCAAGGGAGGGCGUUCUUCCCCCAGGCGCCGUCGACGCCAAUUGCUCCACCACUGCCGUCAACCGUGAUCGUGUCUCUACCACCUCUCUGUUGGCAGCCACCAUCAAGGUACCCACGCAGGCCGUCUGUUUGCUCGGCCGCUCGGGUUCCGGCAAGUCUGUGAACACAGAGCACCUUAUCGAGUACCUUCUUUCCCAAUGUCCCUCUGACUCUGUUCUCACCGCCCGAAAGGUACGCGCAGUAAUGUGCCUCCUGGAUGCUUUCACAUGCUCAAGGACGCUCCUCAACUCCAACGCCAGUCGCUGUUUACGACUCUUUACAGUCCAGUUUGUGGCCGAAUGGCAGGACGCUUCCUGUGUGCAUCUCAAUCCCUCAGGUCUCUUUGUCGACAUUUUGCUCUUGGAUAAAUUUCGCGUUACACGUCGCCCACAGGGUGAACCUACAUUCCACAUUUUCUACUACUUCCUGGCUGGUCUGGGAUACGAUGUACGAACAGAAUACAUGCUGGAGGACCUUACUUCUCCGAACCUAUUUAUGACCCCACUUCAAAGGCCGGAGGACCAGGCGUUGGCCAGAUCGCGCUGGCAGGCGGUACACGCGGCAGCGCGAGUGCUGGGGCGAGACUUUGAGGAGGCCUUCUUGAAAGGCGUGUGUCGCCUCCUUGCAGUCAUUUACCACCUAGGCUGUGCGGGUGCUACGCCGCCGCACACUGCGGCGACAUCGACACCCGCGUCCCCGCGUCGUUUUAUCAAUCGCAACGCUGCGGAGCGCGCUGCACGCCUCCUCGGCUGCGCCUCUGUCGAACGCCUUACCUCCGAUGUCUUCGGCGAUGCCAUCGCUAACGUAGAUUCCUCCUUUUCUCGGUCGCCAAGUAACCUUGAACUUCUGGGGGGCUUCGUCGCUAACCUCUAUGCCAUUGCCACGAAUACACUAAGAGAUCUCAUCAACAAAGCUCUCAACCCAGGAUCGGGGGGGAUACUGCCCUUGAACUCAGAUGCGGAUCUGCGCGAGCGGACGGCGCGCGUGAUGAUAGUCGACCCACCCGGCCUGCAGACCCCCGAGGCCGGCGGCCGCAUGUCCGGUGGAAGUUUCGAGGACCUCCUCUACAACUACGCCAACGAGUGCUUCCUCCAACUCUAUCGUGACUGCCAGUGUCAAGCGGAUGAGAGUGGUAAUAUCCGCUGCACAAAUUCGGACUUUAUCGAGUUUUUGGACAACCCGCCAGAUAAUCCUUUGUGUUCACAGCAUCGACCGUCGCUAUCGAGAAGUAGCGAUUCUCCCAGUCGAGCUUGCAGCGCAACACUCUCCCAGUCCGACGAGGAGGCCUCCAUCACUUGGACCGUCGAGAAGUGCUGCAGCACGGACUCCGCGGUGCGCGCUGGUCUCCUCUGGCUCCUCGACUACGCCUUAUGCACCGGCGACAUGAAGACCUUCCUUCGCCUCAUUGCUCAAAAAUACGUGAAGCACAAGCUUACUCAUAUUUCACGAGAGUCGCGGCUGUUGCGGCGCUUGCAUCGGUCUGGAGCAUUUUCGUUGAACCACUGGAACGCGACAGCGGUGGUUCAAUACCACCCUUCAACAUGGCUAGCUAGCUGCCAUUACUCGAGUAGUCCACGGGCAACUAUAGAACUUCUUCAACGCUCCAAAUUACCGUUGUUAAGAAGCAUUGGUGAUUCCAUGGACGAAGGAGCCUCUGCCUCCACCCUCAGUGUGUCUUCAACCACAGGACUUGUUGAGUCUUUCAUUUUGGACACAAAGUACGUGAUGGACCUGCUGCGGACGUAUUGCCUCGAAGUGGCGACAAGCGGCAUUCAGUGGGUGCACUGCCUGUUGCCAGUGGCAAGUGCUGGACUCUGGCAGGUCGCCGCCGCCUCAGCCCCCACCACUACCGAGGCGGCACGAGUCUGCGUACGUAAUCCACACGUGCGCUUUUGCGUGCCCCUUGUGCGCGCUCAACUGCAUGCCAUCUCUCUGGCCACUGAUCUCAUCUACCUCAAGCCUGCCUUCACUAACCGCCUACUCCAGGUCACCGCCAUCAACAGCAACCACAUCAAGAUGGUCAACUCGCCUCCACAUUCAAUAUCAGAAGAUCUGAUCACAGUUACAGGGAUGUCCAACCAGAAUGACCGGGAGAAUGGUGAUAGUGUGGAGACCGAAAGAACACCUCUCAGAGUGUCCAGCUUCUCAAUUGGUGAAUCGGCUGAUACGUACAAUUUUGUGUUCAACACAACAAGUAACAACUUCCCCUGGGAGCAGUUACUUUCGCUGGCACCAACUGACCGUGGAUUAAUAAAGCAAUUACGGUUCCAGUUGGAAGAAUCGGAAGAAUCCAAAGAACUUCUUCUGCGUAAGCAACGUACUCUCAUGGCUGAUCUGGAGGAAUGUCAACAGCAGUUGAAUCAGGAAAAACGUGACAAACAUGCUGCUGAGUUGCGCUGCCAGACAGCACACCGGCAAAACAGCGACCUGCAGUGUCGGGUGGAGGAGCUUGAGGAGGAGUUGGAGGAGGCCAACAGGAAGCAGCGUCGUUCCGCCCUCACUGGUCCCGCCACGCCUAGCUUCAACCCUUAUGCCGGUGAGGUGACCCAACUCAUGGAGGAGCGCAACGCUAUGCGGGAGGAAAUUGCUCAUCUGCAAGAACGUCUUGCCACGUCUACCACCGAAAAAGCUGGAGCUGCUGACAUGGAGUUAGUCUACCAGAAGGCCAAAGUGCACGAGUUGGAGGGUCGGCUUGAGCUGGAGACGUCGACAAAGCAACGUCUGCAGUCGACCGUGGAGCGACUGAAAGGACAACUGGAGCAGCUGAUGGGAGAACGUGAGAGGCUGCUAGCGGCAGUGCAGACAGAGCGCCAGAAUGCGCGCGGUCUCUCGCGUAGUCUGCGCGAGGCCCUAGAGGACAAGGAGAGGGUGGAGCGCCGUCUCGCCGAUGAGGAGCAUCGGCGGCAUGAGACCUCCAAUGAGGUUUCUUCGUGCGUGCAGGAGCAGCUACGAUUGCAGCAGGAGCUCUCCCACCUCCUCUUGCGCUGCAAGGAGGAAGAGCUGCGCUCUGUGGCGUUGCACAGUAGACGAUCAGCUGAAGGGAAUGAGGAGGAGACGAUGGAGAUGGAUGCCGAGGCUUCUGAUGGGGAUUGCUUGAGCGAUGUGACGGACGGUGAUGAUGUUGGUGCUGGGGAUAGAAGAGUGGAGCGCCGCACUCCCUCAGUCAAUUGCGACCAGGGAACUGAACAAGCAGCUAGUAGUACAACUCAGGACCAGAUUCUACUCAGCUUAGUUGUCAGCCUCUACGCUAAUCGGUUUGGACAUGGGGGACGAGGACGGAAUGAGUGGUGGCAAGAACCCAAUUGGUCAGGUAGCUUGGUCGACGACAGUGAUCAUUUGGGUACUUAUAUACUCUCAGAAUCUAGACGUCCCUUGCAUGCUACACAAGAAGAAUGUGAGACGGUCAAGAGUAAACUUGUUUCGGAUUUGAGAAUCGGAAGUGCUUUUGAUGUUGGAGAAAAAUUUUCACCUUUAUCAACAUUUGACUUUGGUCGAGAGCGCAAAGACACGUCCAGACCCACGCCACCCCUGAAAUACAGACGAAUGAGAUACCCUACUUACUUCUCGCCUAUCUCAUUGCUUGUGGCUAGGGAACAGGGCGAUUGUGGGCCCUCUUCUCGCUAUCACCGACUUCGCGACUUCUAUGCAAGCCGCGUUUCUACAAUCGAGGCUUGUGAUAAGCGUCCCAGGUGGCCGUUGAAUCAGAGCUUCCAGAAGCACAUCCAGGGAAGCCUUUGGAAUGUAUUAUCAUUUGGACUUUCAGCUGUUUACCAACACCAUACAGGUUGCGUCAACGCGUUGAAUUUUAAUCACUCAGGCCACUUAAUCGCGUCUGCUUCCGACGAUACGCGUGUGGCCAUAGCCGACUCCUACACCGGAGAACUUAAGACUCGUUUCCUCACAGGGCAUACCCUGAACGUUUUCCAGGUGAAAUUUGUGCCGAACUGCAACGACUUGAGGUUGGUUACCUCAGCUCGGGACGGCAUGGUGCGCCUGGCUGAGCUUCACCCGGAUGGCCAGGCAGUGGGGGCGACACGUACUCUUAUUAAUCACCAAGAUGCUUGCCGCAACCUCGUUCUUGUUCCUGACGAGCCCUUCCUUCUCCUCACCGCUGGAGAAGACGGCUCCGUCUUCUCUAUCGAUCUCCGUACCAAUCAACCCAACCAGUUACUUCAUUUGCCUUUGUCACCCUUCUACUCCAUAUCAGCUAAUCCUGCCAGAGCGGUGGAGUUUUGUGUUUCUGGAAAGUAUGAGUCAUUCGUCAGGGUGUUUGAUCGACGAAAGGUAUCAGUAGCAUCGCCCAAAGAUGGAUAUCUUCAUUCAUUUGCUCCACGUCACCUUCUCUCGAAACCGCAGUGCAGCCGUUUCGAUGCCCCAGAUGCAGACAGUGAGAUGGGUCAUGGGGCUGACGAGGCUCGUGACGAUGACGCAUCCGAUGACAGUGAGGCCAGUGAUUAUGAUGACAGGGUCGAUAGUGGUGAAAGUGAUUUGGCCGAGGAGGGCUUCUUCUCCUCGCAACUGGGACGCCAGCUGCUCGGCCUCUUGCGUGAGGACUUGCGAAGUCGCAACCGGGCCCCCUCUCCCCCAGAGCUCGGUGGUGACACAACGGAGAGGCGUGUUGGUCGAAGGCGUUGGUCUCGAAACCGGCCAGUCCGUCUUAAUGAUCGUGUUGAUCCGCUCGGGGACCACUCGCAGACCAAAUACAGCAUCACUUCCGCCGUGUACAGUUCCAAUGGCGAUGCCAUCCUCGCAUCCUUUAAUGAUGAGGACAUUUAUCUUUUCCAUUCGCAAGAUGACAAGCUUCCACCUCUCCACGUCUAUCGGGGACAUCGAAAUAACGACUCUGUGAAGGGUGUUAACUUCUACGGUCCUAACUCGGAGUUUGUCGUGAGUGGCAGUGACGACGGCUUCAUAUACAUUUGGGACCGUCAUUCAGAGGGCAUUGUUCAAUGGCUCUGUGGAGACAUCGCUGGCUCCGUUAACGUUCUCGAGCCACAUCCCUUCUGUCCGAUGCUCGCUACCUCCGGCUGCGAUCACAGCGUCAAGAUCUGGACUCCUAUGGGUCAGAGAGGCAGCAUCGGCAGUCCGGAAACCUGGCUAAAAGUCAUAAAGGAUGAGGAGCCUAGUCAGCGUAUUCUUUUCGACCCCGAGCAGAUAAUUGACUCUAUGCGAUCACUUCGACACUCCAACCUUGCGAAAUGUCUUUUCGGUGAAAACGAGGACUUUCAGCCCUCAGAUGAGGACUAUUCUGUUGCUGUUGAUGAUGGUAAUGAUUCUUAUGACGAUGGUGAUAUGAGGACUGGAAUUCAUCGUAAAAGGAAAUCUUCAGAAGUUGAUAAAGUAAAUGGAUCUGUGUCAGUCAAGUCUUCCAAACGGUAUAAGAAAAGUAAGAAUUCGCCCAAUCAGGGUGGUAAGCGUGACAAGCUGCCAAUCACGGCGGCCCCUCAGAAAAACUUGCCUUUUAAUUCAAAGGAUUUGCAACUGAGAGUUGCGGCCAACUGGGCGAGAAGAAAUCGCGAUUCAUUAACAGUUACCUUCGCAUUUGGCCUUCCUGAAUUUUUGCGUCCAGCGCUGCAAGUAACUUACGAUGUCGCUAGCCACCGGAUGACAGAUUUCCUCCGCCGCGGGCACUCUAGUAGUAUGAGUGAUGAUAGCAGUGACGACGAAGAGGCCAACAGUCGCGGUCAUCUCGGAGAAGUGGUAGAGCCUGCUGCAGAUCGCAUCUGCGAAGACGACGGGGAAGAGAAUACCAGCUUGUCAACCUUUUCCUCUUCCUCGGGGUCUACUAGCCCUUCUUCUGUAGCUACUGGUAUGGAUCCAGCGUCUGGAGCUUAG